CUCACUCAAAGCAGCUGUUACGCAUGACCAAAGGAAAAAAAUGAUCAAAGGAUAAGGUGGGGCAAGCAGAUAGCAGGAAUCGGAUAAAAAGGUGUUUGGAGCGGGGGAGCGGCUAUUUGAGACGUGGACAGGGCCACAUGCUGCUGCGGGUCGGGACCAUGCAGACCACCCCCAGACUGCUCGGCGGGGUGCUUCUCUGCGCGCUACUGCUGCUCUCCAGUGCCGCUAGAGCCGAAGUGUUGGACACCGAGUCCCAAGAGAUGCUGAGCCCCAGAGCCCUGCGGGACUUCUAUCCUAAAGAUCCGAACCUGACCAGUGAGGAGCAGCUGCUCGGAGCUCUCCAAGAAGUUCUCGAAAAGCUGCAGGCUAAACGACUGCCUUUAUGGGAAAAGAAAUUUGGCCAAGUCCCAACGUGUGAUAUCGGGGAGCAGUGCGCCGUGAGGAAAGGCGCUCGGAUCGGCAAGAUGUGCGACUGUCCCCGGGGAGCUUUCUGCAAUUUUUUUCUGCUGAAGUGCUUAUGAGCCUGGCCGGAUCUAAAUAUAUCACUGAGAUGGAGAGAAAAAAACUGUCACUCGAUUUCUAUGUAAUUACUGUUAUGCUGUGUAUAAUGAUAACGAAUGAGCAGACGAUAAUACGAUAAUAAUCUUGUAAAGAACCAUAAAGUUCCUGUAAAUAGCCUAUUCAAAACCACUUUAAGUAGGAACCCCCUAGGAUCAUUGUUGUGAUAGCAGCCGAGAUCUAACCCACAAUGCACAAUCAACUCCCCCAGGACCACAUACACACCAUAAAGUCUUCACCGCAAUAUUGCGGGAAUACAGUGAUUCUUAGUCCAAAAUAUCUCUUUUGAACUUCUGUUAUUUUGUUUCAGAUGAAUGUUUGUCUAUGAAACCCUGAUAAUGAUAAUAAUAAUAAUAAUAAUAAUAAUGAUAAUGAUAAUAAUAAUUAUAAUGUUUGUAAAGCAAUGGAGUGACUGCACCUUAUUUUUGCCAGUGCACUUGAAACCCCUUCAAGCAGAUGUUUUGAUUCUUUUUUUUAAAAAAGAUAUUUAUUUCUUAGAUGAAG